CGAUUUGAAAUCCUGAAGUUUUGCCAACACACGCUUUGAGACUUCCAAUUUAUUUGUUUUAUGCAACUAGAUUCCCUUAUUGCGCUGUAUGAAAAUGUAAAGUAAAUUUGUGUGUGGUGCUUUUUUACGCUACAGCUUGAAUUGCAUACGGAGUUGUCACGUGAUCAUCACCGGAACGCAAGCAGGAAAUAAACAUGGCGGUGUGCAUAGCGGUGAUCGCAAAAGAGAACUACCCACUUUAUAUCCGAAGUGUUCCCACUCAAAAUGAGCUUAAAUUCCACUACACAGUCCACACGUCUCUGGAUGUGGUGGAGGAGAAGAUCUCAGCGGUGGGCAAAUCCAUCGGCGACCAGCGAGAACUGUACCUAGGUCUGCUCUACCCAACUGAGGACUACAAAGUAUAUGGUUAUGUGACCAACUCCAAAGUAAAAUUUGUCAUAGUUGUGGAUUCAUCAAAUACAUCACUACGAGACAAUGAAAUUAGGAGUAUGUUUAGAAAGUUGCACAAUUCUUUCACUGAUGUCAUGUGCAACCCUUUUCACAAUCCCGGAGACCCAAUUCAGUCCAAGGCAUUUGAUGGUAUCGUUUCUGGGAUGAUGGUCCAAACAGCUUAACUUUUGCUAUCACUAUCAUCACUGUACAUAAAGCCUUCCCAUUGAUUACUGUGUUGUACUUGUAAAUUAUGAAUUUGUAAAUAAAUCAUUGCAGGCCUGUAAAAA